UUAGAAGCGUGUAGUCAGAACAUCGUCGGUCAUUGGACUUCUUACUGUGAAUUUAAUUGUUGUAAAUCAACUUAUUACAUGUUUGAUAAAAAUAAUAAAAAGAAAAACGUGAAAAGUUUAAAAACAUUAAAAAUAAAUAAAUGAAAAAAAUUGGGUAGAAACAAAAUUGCAAGAAUUUAAAUGACUUUUGGUGAGAAAGUUUUAUUCAUUUGGCUUAAAGUUAUCAAAGUGGCAUUGCAACGUCGAAAAAAGUGACUUGUGUGGAAAAAUUUACGUAAUAUAAUUAAGAUAAAUCUUCAAGGUUCUUGGAACAAUCAUCAAGGAUAUUUUAUAAACCUUUACUUGGAAAUAAAAAACAUUUGAACAUUUAAUAAUGGGCGCUGAUGCGAAUACGAAAUCGAUUUUCUGCUCGGAAAUGCUUUCCAAAACAGUAGAAAAAUCACCGACAGUUGACACAGAUUUACUGAAAACUGAAGACUCGACUUUACCAAUAGAAAAAGCUGUUGAACUAAUCAACCGAUGUAACAACGCAAAAUCACAUCAUGAAGAGAUAGAAACUUUCAAAGAAGUUGGAUCAAAGACGCCGAUUCUUCCAUCAGAAAUUGGAACAGAUCCAAACUACAAAUUCACAAUUGUUUGGUAUAAUUUCAUAGGAUUCAUCAUUUUACAUUUGAUUGGUAUGAGUGGCGGUUUUGCAGCACUUUUCGGAUAUUGUAGCAUAUACACAACAUUUUAUUCUCUGUGGCUGAUUUAUGCGGCUGGUCAAGGCGUGACAAUGGGCGCUCAUAGACAUUGGAGUCAUAGAGCAUUCAAAGCCAAACGUUGGCUGAAAAUCAUUCUUCUCUACCUUCACACAAUGGCAGGACAAAAUUGUUUAUGGGUGUGGGUGCGUGACCAUCGUCAACAUCACAAAUAUUCUGAUACUGACGCAGAUCCACACAAUGCUAACAGAGGUUUCUGGUUUUCGCAUGUUGGAUGGUUAUGCGUAAGAAAACACCCGAAAGUUAUCGAAUAUGGAAAGAAGAUUGAUAUGUCCGAUCUCGAUGCUGAUCCCUACAUCAUGUUUCAGAAGAGACAUUAUAAAGUCCUUUACACGAUUUUCGCACUUGGCUUGCCAACAAUUGUGCCGAUUUUCGCUUGGAAUGAGAAUCCGUGGAUGGCGUUGUGGGUCGCCUACUUUGCAAGAACAAUCAUAAAUUUGAAUGUCACGUGGAUGGUCAACAGUGUCGCACAUCUUUUUGGAACGAGGCCUUAUGAUGAGACAAUUUUUCCAGUUGAAUCAAUGUUCGUUGCAGCCCUUGCAACUGGUGAAGGCUGGCAUAAUUAUCAUCACGCAUUUCCUUGGGAUUAUCGAGCUGCUGAACUCGGAACACCGUUCAAUUUAACUUGCAAGUUCAUCGAUUUCUUUGCAAAAUAUGGCGUGAUUUAUGAUUUGCGUGAAGCAACUGCAACGAUGGUGAAAAAUCGAUGCUUAAGAACUGGCGACCGGUCACAUCAACAGUAUGGAGUUCCAGAAGCAGCACCAAAAACCAAAACUUUCCUAAACAUUUGGCGACAUCCAUCAAAUCCAACGUAUACGAGUGUUCAGAAACCAAAAAUAAAGAUGCUACCAAAAUAUGGCUACGCAUUAGUUGAAGAAGAAUUACCAAAGCGUGAACUUGAUGAUGAAAUUUUGGCGAAACAAAAUGAAAUCUUACAACAACGACUGAUGGCAGAAGAGAAAGAUCUCAAUGUCAAUUCUAAUUCAACAGCAUUAAAGAAGAGAACAACAGGAAAUGCAGGCAAUAAAAAUGAAAUUGAUUUGAAUGCUAAUUACAUGGAUUUAAACAAUAACAACAAAUCAUCAUCAUUAAAAUUAUCAUCAGAAAUUAAACAACAUUUUGAGAAGAAAAGCUUAGAUAAUCUUAUUGCAGAUUCAGUUGACGUUACAAGUCUAUGUCCAGGUCUUGCUACAACUGCAAUAACAUAUAAAUUAGAUUAAAAAUUAAAUACGUAAACAUUUCUGUAGAUAAUUUAAUUCAUUUUUCAUGUUUUUGUGGUCACAAGUAAAUUAUUUGAAAAUAUUUCAUAUAAUGUUAGUUAUGCUUAAUGUAGUUUAUUUCACUGAUAAUUUUAGAUGUUCUAUACAUUUUUAUUGUAACAAAAAAUAUGAAUUACCUGAGAAUAAAAAAAGCUUUGCUAUUUAUACUUAUUUUGACAAACCU